AGAGGCUCAUCUCUUCUUUGAUCUUGGUUUAUGAGCUCGAAGGAGAAACCCACUCUCGGAGGUACGCGGAUUAAGACCCGCAAACGGAAUAUUGCUGCUCCUCUGGACCCUGCAGCCUUUUCUGAUGCAGUGGUCCAGAUUUACCUGGAUAAUGCUGGUGAUCUGGAACUUGUUGCCAAAAGUAUUGAGUCAUCAGAUCUUAAUUUCACAAGAUAUGGUGACAUCUUCUUUGAGGUUGUUUUCAUAGGAGGACGCACACAAGCUGGAACAGUGAAAUCUGAUGAAGGGGAACGCCAUACGUACUCUGUAAUUGACUGUGAACCCAAGCGUGAAGCCAUUUUGCCGUCUGUUGUCUACAUACAGAAAAUUCUGCGGAGGAAGCCUUUCCUCAUAAAGAACCUUGAAAAUGUUACUCGGAGAUUCCUGCAGUCACUGGAGCUCUUUGAGGAAAAUGAAAGGAAGAAGCUUGCUAUCUUCACAGCACUUGCCUUUUCCCAGAAGCUCUCAGGAUUACCUCCGGAAACUGUCUUCCAGCCAUUGCUCAAGGAUAAUCUUGUUGCCAAAGGGAUAGUGCUCUCAUUCGUAACAGACUUCUUCAAGGAGUAUUUGGUUGAGAACAGUCUUGAAGACUUGAUCUCUAUUCUGAGGCGUGGGAAAAUGGAAGACAACCUUAUGGAUUUCCUACCACCUGUUAGGCGAUCUGCUGAAAGUUUUGCGGAACAUUUCACGAAUGAGGGAUUGACCGAUCUAGUAGAGUACCAUUCAAAGAAAAUGUUUGAGGUGAAACUGAGGGAAAUCAAAACCGUUCUUACAAGCAAGGUCACAGAGGAAAGUAAUGUCGACGAAGUCAUUGAAUCGGUGAAGCAACAGAUCAAAGAAGCUAAGCUGCCUGACAUUGAAGUUGUGCGUGUCGUUUGGGAUGGUUUAAUGGAUGCUGUUCAGUGGUCUGGAAAAAACCAGCAGCAAAAUGCAAAUUCUGUUCUGCGCCAGGUGAAAACAUGGGCUCCGCUUCUGAACACGUUCUGUACCAGCGGAAAGCUAGAGCUGGAACUGAUGUACAAAGUCCAAAUGCAAUGCUAUGAGGAUGCAAAGCUUAUGAAAGUUUUCCCAGAAGUAGUGAGGUCGCUCUAUGAACUCGAUGUACUCGCUGAAGACACCAUUCUCCACUGGUUCCGUAAAGGAACCAACUCAAAGGGCAGGCAAACCUUUGUGAAAAGCUUAGAGCCAUUUGUGAAUUGGCUUGAAGAGGCGGAGGAAGAAGAGUGAGUAAUCUAUUUUCCUAAUAAAAAGAAGCAAUGAAGACAAUAAUAAUUCAGAGUUUCAUCUAUCUUUCACAUUUGCUUAUCAUGUUUACUUUGCUUUGUAUUUUGGCAAUAAGUCUGCUUUGAGAUUGUUGUGUUUUUGGUUUUGAUGACUCUGUUUCGCCAUAUCGGGUUUGGAUUCUUUUGCAAACGGAUUUUAGGCAAAUGCAAAAUCUGCUUUAUGUAUGGUUAAUUCAGUUUUUACUUCUGCUCGACAUUUAUAAUUUUUUCUUAAAGAUAUUGUCUUGAUAUAGCCAUCACGUUUGAACUUGAAUUUUUGUCAUCUGGUAUAAUAUAAGCUUAUCAAGUCA